AUGUACGGCCGUGUGGGCCACAGUGAGGAGUGUGGAUUUUAUUCUGAAGCAAGUGGGAAGCCACUGAAGGUUUUAAUCAGGCAAGAAAAACUUACUCCUGGAGUAGUCUAUGUGGGCCACAUAGCUCGAGGCCUUUUUGAACCCCAACUCAAGGCAUAUUUCUCCCAGUUUGGCACUGUUACGAGACUCAAAUUGUCCAGAAGUAAAAAGACUGGAAAUAGCAAAGCUGCCUUUGUAGAGUUUGAGUCCAAUGAUGUUGCCAAGAUAGUUGCUGAAACAAUGAACAACCACCUUUCUGGUGAAAGACUCUUGAAGUGUGAUUUUAUGCCACCUGAAAAGGUACAUGAAGAACUUUUCAAAGACUGGGUUGUUCCAUUCUCAAAGCCAUCGCUUCCAGCAGUAAAACGGUACGAUAAGAAACGGACACUGCCAGAAAAGCUGCGGAUGGAGAAGCGAUUUAAAAACAAAGAAAAAUUACUUAGGAAGAAGUUAGCUAAAAAAAGAAUAGUUUAUAAUUUUCCAUCAUUGAUUUUACCAAAAAAGAAAAAGGGAAAAGUUUCAAAAGCACAUCUUCAGAACUCUACAAAUAGCCAGGGCUCCACACCAGUUUGUACACCAACAUUUUUGGAGAAGAGAAAGUCUGAAGUGGCUAAAAUGAAUGAUGAUGAUGAAGAUAAUGAAAUCACUUUCAAACAGCCUGUAGUUGGUGUAAAAGAAGAAAUACAACAGACUCAAACACCUACACGUUCAGGGAAAAAAAGAAGAAGAAGAAAAAGCAAACAGUGA